AUGAGAGACUCAAACUACAGGUCCAUCACCAAUAACAGGGCGGCGGUGACCAUCACAACCAGUCUUUAUGACCGGCGGGCGCUCGAUGUCACUGCUGAUAAGCCUUUAGUCAACUCGCUUAACCAUUUGACGUACUUGGUGUCUUCGAGCGCCAAAGUAAGGGAAACGUUGUCGAAUGAUGGAGGUAUCGAGCGGCUUGUUGAGAUACUUCAUGAAUGUAAUAACACGACGUUUAAUGCUCACGAUAACAUCUUCAACUCGGAACGGAAGUUACUUACUGCCUGGAAAUGGACGUUGGCGUUCCAGUGUCUUGUUUUGAUUGGCACGGGCGGCACAGAGAAGAUUCGUCUGAAGGUUGUGGCGGCAGGGAUGCUCCCUAUUAUCGCUACUGUUUUGGAUAACUAUAUGAGUCUUCACGAGGGAAGCCUUGUACCUGUUGUGGGAGCCACGCCAGGGCCUGCCGUGUGUCCGUACAUGCACGCGGCGAACGCUACGCCCCAGAACCCUCCUUAUCUUAAUUAUGAAGAAGAUAGAAGGGCUGGUUUUGCUACGCGGCAUCCCGAUGCUUUUGCCAGAAGAGAUGAUCAGUAUAGAGCGGCGGUGGCUGCCAGUAGAGCUGCACCACAAGAGGUGCUUGAAGAGUUACCGAGUCAUGAUAGUACGGGCCAGGCGGCCGCGGCUGCUUCUGCUUCUGCUGGUAACGCUGCCGCUGCGGCUAAUGCUCUUCAGAAUAUGGAACUAGGGCUGGACCAUCCGUUCGCUCAUCACAAUGCCAACCAAGCGCUAGCGUAUGAGCCUCGCUUAUCGCCAGCAGAUGCAAUGGCUAGAAUGGGUGGUCCUUUGUUUAACAGCCUUCACAUCAACAGCUUGACUUCGGAGGAUUACGAGAAUCUUACCGUCGAUCAACUUCUUCGACUCGUUCGUUGCACGAACAACUCUUUUGGUAAUCCUGCUGCCAGUGAUGGCUCUUCUAUGUUCGCUGGCGCUCAGAGAAGUUCUGUAAACAAUGACAUUCGUCGUCGUUUCCUCAUUGUUACUAUAUUAAAGAAACUUCGUGAGGAAAAGGACCUGGAGUGUCCUGAACCUUCCUACAGAGAGCCUGUCGAAUACGAGAUGGAUAGUAACCUUCACUUCCUUUCCGACCUUUAUCUUCAAGACGAAAGAAGCACCCACAUUACUAAUAUGAUUCAUGCCAAGAGCGCCCCAAGGAAUUUCACCGAAACAGGCGUUGUUGUACCUCGCGAUGAUGAUGUUGUUUGGUGCUUACAAUUGCUAGCAUACAUUUCCAAGUACCCUUAUUUGAAGGAAACAUUGCAGAACACUCAUACUGUCAUUGACAUGAGUCUCCGCGACAAGAAACGGAAAUGUUUUGCUGGCGGCCGCAUGAAGGCAAAUUUACAGAGUAGUGGCAACUCCAGCAGCGGCAACAACAACAAUUUGCCUGCCAAUGCUCGUGAGGCACUUCUUGCUCGCAAGGGCAGGAUAAUGACUUCUCAUGGCCACGAUGGCAACGCAGAGACAUUUAUUGAGCGCUUUAACGCGUCGCCAUCCAACUCGCCCCAGAUGCUGAGUGAUCUCAAUAUUCGAGAUGAGAAUUUCAAUCUCAAUGACGAUGUUUUAGAUCUUUACGGCAAACCAGAAGAUGCCCUUGGUGAAGACGCCGAAGCUAAUGACUCUGAGGAAGACAGUGAUCACAGAAAUAAGGACGAAGACGGAGACGUCAAUGAGUACUUGCUGAGUUUCGAGGACAACGUCACCAUGUGCAACCAAAACCUGUCCAGUUUAUGUAAACUUUACGAUCUGAUUAUCGAUGCUGAGUCUAUUAUCAAUGACUUGGAUCGUGAGAUCUCCCUUUACGAAGUGAGUGAGAAGGUCAACAGACACAUCGAACUUGAGUGCCAAUCAUUGCGCGACACCAUCAUCAAUAAGAGAGCUGAGGAAACUGAGUAUCUUUCUAAGAAGUGGGACUACGACACUUAUGCUCACUUUGAUAUUGAUGAUGAUGGCGACAACUUACAUGGCGAUUACGAUGAGUCUUUGAUUGAACACAAGCGCGUCAACCUCUUUCCGAUGGUUGAAAAGUUUACUUUUUUGGCUGGCACAGACAUGUAUUACUGGUCUGGUGUGAUCAUGAGGAAUUCCUGUCGACGCAACGACCUCAAGGGAGGUGUAAGACAAUGCGGUAACCUCGAGUGCGGGAAGUGGGAAAGCUACCCCCGUGAGUUUAGCAAGUGCAAGAAGUGCAAGCGCACAAAGUACUGCUCUCGAGAAUGUCAAAUGAGGGCAUGGCAUUGUCACAAAAAUUGGUGUGUUCCAAGCGCCUCCUCCACUUCAACGUCGACCCAGGCUGCCGGCGGCCGUGCUAACGCCGAAGGCCGUAGUCAGGAGGAAGGCAACGCUGCCAACCACACCCACAGUCACAGUCACAGUCACAACCACGAUCACGAUCACGAGCAUCACGACCACCAUGACCACCACCACCAUCAUCAUCACCAUCACCAUCACGCCCCUAACGAGGAAAGAUCCGAUGCUGACAGCAGUGCUCCAAUUAAUGUCACCCGCAUUUCUGGUCCCGCAGAGACCGAAGGGAUGACUCUGACCACUGAAGGCAUUUAG